ACAGAAAGCUUAAGUUGCUUCUAGGGACUCUCUGGGUGGAAGGAUCUGGGCCUGCUGCGCCCGCCCGUGCAAACAGAAUUGCAGAAGUUGAGCCUACGCUUAUCAUUUCCCUGAGAAGAAAAGCAUAUUUCCAGUUUCCUGUGCCUAAGAACAAGCAUCCAGCGCCCUUCCCGCGGCUCAAACCCAGGCUGACCUGUGCAUAUGGGUCAGGGGGAUCAGGAUGGGGCCUGCGCAUGAGGCAAGCCUCUGCUACAAGAACUAGAGGAAGCGAUUCCAGAAGGAGAUCACAGUCCCCAGCACUACUCAGACUCAGGAGCUGAAGACCAGGGGCGUUCAGUAUGCCUGUGUCUUGACGGCCUCACAGCAAUUCCAAGGCUAGAACUGACACCCAUCUCAUGUGCCAGAAACUCAGCCCAUGCUCUGUGUAAAAGGUCCCCCAGAGCAGGAACCAGAAGAUGGGGCUUUGGACGUGACAAGAGGGUGCCAGUAAGUGAGGUCACAGCCGCCCUCCUCCGCCAAGGGUGUGCGUGUCUGCUAAUGAGCUCUAUUUUAUUGACGUUGUUACUUCUUUGCUAUUUUUUGAUGGCGCUUCUCCAGCUUUCUGAGGAUUCACGGUAUAGAAUCCAGACAUUGCUUUUGAACUUCAUGAGACAGCUUUGAGGAACACAUUACAUUUUUACUGCUGCGUUAACCCCGAUGAGUCAUGGACGUGGUUCAGACUCCCUAUGCCGUAGUCCUCACCUGUACUUUAAAGCCAAAAGACUGAUUUUUAGAAACGGUUGAUGAUCGGUGGAGUUGGCAGGGCUAACCCCUCCCCCACCCCCAUCCUCCCAGUGAGAGUCCUUUCUGCUCCUGAGUGGAGGAAACAAGACUUUGAAUUGCAAAUGUCAUAUUUUCAUUUCUGGUUGGCUUUUCUGUCCUUAGUAAUUUCUCUCUGGAGGAAAUAGGAACUCUCUUCCUGCUUGGUGCCCACUCCCCACGGAAGGCUCCAUCUUGGGACAGGAGCUUCUAGACUGUACCAGAAUGAACGAGGACCAGAGUACAGACGAGAAUGGUGCUGACCACUUGUAUUCCGAGAGCCCGUCACAGCUCAGGGAGUAUCUCACACAGCCAUCGUCUGAACAGACUUCAUCCUCGGAGAGCACUGUGACGUCAAGUGAGUCUGGAUCAGACAUUUUGCACAUGGCUUCUGGUGACCUUGACUGCAAACCUCUCUGUGAGAAGGAGGAGGAAGCAAGAGCCGCCUCUGCCAUGCAAGGCACCAGCCUAGCUCCUGCUGCUUAUGGAGACUACACGAGUGUGGGCGUGGCCAAGGCUGCAUCCCAGCUGGAAGCAGGAGAGGAACUCAGAACCACAGAAAACGGAGGGAAGGGCAGUGCCCCGGGAGAGACGGAGAUUUCCAUGCCCCCCAAAGCAUCUGUGAAGCUCGUUAACUUUCAGCAGAGUGAAAACACUUCAGCUAAUGAGAAGGAAGUGGAGGCAGAGUUCCUCAGGUUAUCUUUGGGACUUAAGUGUGACUGGUUUACAUUGGAGAAGAGGGUGAAGCUUGAAGAGAGGUCCCGGGACCUGGCAGAGGAAAAUUUGAAGAAAGAAAUCACAAACUGUUUAAAGCUUUUAGAGUCGCUGACUCCCCUGUGUGAAGAGGACAACCAGGCUCAGGAAAUCGUUAAGAAGCUGGAGAAGAGUAUAGUACUGCUCAGCCAGUGCACAGCCCGAGUGGCCAGCAGGGCUGAGAUGCUGGGCGCCAUCAACCAGGAAAGCCGGGUGAGUAGAGCGGUGGAGGUGAUGAUCCAGCACGUGGAGAACCUGAAGCGGAUGUACGCCAAAGAGCACGCAGAGCUGGAGGAUCUGAAGCAAGCACUGCUGCAGAACGACAGGUCUUUUAACUCUCUGCCAGAUGAAGAUGACUGUCAGAUUAAAAAGCGUUCAUCUUCUCUAAAUUCCAAGCCAUCUUCUCUUCGAAGAGUGACCAUUGCCUCUUUGCCCAGGAAUCUUGGAAAUGUGGGGCUGGUGUCAGGCAUGGAAAAUAAUGACAGAUUCAGCCGGCGGUCGAGCAGCUGGAGAAUCCUGGGGACAAAGCAGGGUGAGCACCGCCCCUCGCUGCAUCGCUUCAUCAGCACCUAUUCCUGGGCCGACGCUGAGGACGAGAGAAGUGACGUGAAAGCCAGAGACGCCCCAGAACCACAAGGCGAAGAGGCAGUGGAGGGGACCAGGAAGCCCAGCCUUUCUGAGAGGAGAAGCAGCACAUUGGCCUGGGACAGGGGCACAAUCUGCAGCUCAGUGGCUUCCUGGGUCACUCACCUGCAGGCGUCCUUCAGAAGAGCCAACAGAGCACUCUGGCUCACGGGGCUCAUCAUCAUACUGAUCGCAGCGCUGAUGAGCUUCCUCACAGGUCAGCUCUUCCAGACAGCCGUGGAGGCUGCGCCCACACAGGAGGGGGACUCCUGGCUGUCUCUAGAACACAUCUUAUGGCCAUUUACCAGACUCGGGCAUGAUGGACCACUGCCAGUGUGACUGACGUGCAGCUCAAUGUACCCUUGGAUUUUAACGUUUCCUUCUGAGAUUUGUAAAUUGGUAACUUUUUUUUAGUAACUAUAGUGCAAAGCUAGGGUCCUCAGCAGCUGGGAUCUUUUUAUUCCCCAACAAAAGCACAGGGGACUACAAAAGGGAGGGGACCCCACCUAGGGUAUUUUAAUGAGCUUUCUGAGUGAGAGGCAUCAGACUUUAUUGAGAUGUAUCCAAAUAAAGACCAUUCAAAUCUU